ACAAGCUCUUUAGUCUUCUGGGAUCUAUCAGUUACACUGUUCCUAUUCAAUUAACACUAGAAAUACAGAUGUCUAUAUUUUAAAACCUGAUUGGAACAGAUCUAACUCAUCAUGUCCUACACUCUGAAAAUGACAAAAUGUUCAAAACUGUUCAACAGAAGCAAUGUGAUCCAACAAACGCGUGGAUUAACAUUGAGCAAUUUGCGAAAUGGAAAAGCUGAACAAUUUUUAUCACAACAGGAUGAGUUCCAAGUUAGACACAUCGGACCCCGCGAGCACGAGCAAUUACAAAUGCUGAAAACUAUUGGAUUCGAGAGCUUGGAAGAAUUAACAAAAACAGCAAUCCCGGCUAAGAUCCUCUACAAAGAAGAAUUGAAGAUUGAACAACCAGUUACUGAAUACGAAUUACUGAAAAAGGUCACAAAAAUUUCGGAAAAGAAUGACGUAUGGCGUUCGUAUAUCGGCAUGGGCUAUCAUAAUUGCUGUGUCCCUCAUACCAUCAUGAGGAACAUAUUUGAAAAUCCUGGAUGGACAACGCAAUACACACCUUACCAGCCAGAAAUAUCACAAGGAAGACUCGAAGGCUUAUUGAACUACCAAACAAUGAUAUGUGACUUAACUGGAAUGGAAGUAGCAAACGCUUCCCUCCUGGAUGAAGGCACAGCAGCAGCUGAGGCUUUAGCCCUUGCCUACAGGAGCAACAAGAGAAAGAAAUUAUUCGUUUCUGAUAAAGUUCAUCCUCAAACCAUCAGUGUUAUUGCUACACGAGCAACUUCUCUUGGCCUUAAUUUUGAAAUUGGGGACGUCCAGCAGGUUGAUACCAGCGCAAAGGACAUUGCAGGAAUUCUUUUACAAUAUCCAGACACAACUGGGUCCAUUUAUACUUUUGAAGACAUUGUGAAGAGAGCACAUGCUGAUGGUACACUUGUCUGUGCAGCCACUGAUUUGUUAGCACUGGCUGUACUCAAGCCUCCAAGUGAAUUUGGGGUGGACGUAUGUGUCGGUACCAGCCAACGUUUUGGUGUGCCACUUGGGUACGGUGGUCCCCACGCUGGAUUCUUCGCGUGCAGACAAAAGUUGGUGCGUUUGAUGCCUGGUAGAAUGAUCGGGGUUACAAAAGAUGCAAGUGGUCGUGACGCCUACCGCUUGGCCCUUCAAACUCGAGAACAACACAUCAGAAGAGACAAAGCUACUAGCAACAUCUGUACUGCUCAGGCACUAUUGGCAAACAUGUCUGCGAUGUACGCAGUGUACCAUGGUCCUGAAGGCAUAAGAAACAUUGCCAACAAGGUACAUGUUUUGACUCUGGCCCUUGCAAAGGGACUGGAGAACGCUGGGAACAAAAUAGAAAAUGAAUACUUCUUUGACACCAUCAAAGUGUUACCUAAAACACCUAUAAAAACCAUCCAGGAAAAUGCAAAUGCAUUUAAAGUGAACUUUAGAUACUAUAAUGACGGUGUUGGAAUAUCUUUGGAUGAAACUACCAGCAUCCAGAAUGUAAAUGAUAUCUACAAGAUAUUCUCCAUAGACACGACUGUUGAAGAAGUGUGUCAGGAAGAGUCUUGUAUGAACAAAAGUCUGAGCAAAUCGCAUUUUGCUCGUACCAGCCCCUAUUUACAACAUCCUGUGUUCAACAGCCAUCAAUCUGAAACGAGAAUCGUGCGAUACAUGAAGUCCUUAGAAAACAAAGACGUGUCUCUCGUGCAUAGCAUGAUACCUCUGGGAUCCUGCACUAUGAAACUGAAUUCCACGACGGAGAUGAUGCCCUGCAGUCUUCGAGGAUUCACAGAAAUACAUCCUUUCGUUCCGAUCGAGCAGGCCAGAGGAUACCAACAGUUGUUCACCGAAUUGGAACAGGAUCUCUGCGCUAUAACAGGCUACGAUAAUAUAAGCUUCCAGCCGAACAGCGGAGCCCAAGGAGAAUACGCCGGCUUAAGAGCUAUACAAUGUUACCACGAAUCCAAUGGAACCAAGCAUCGACAGGUGUGCUUGAUUCCCAUCUCCGCCCACGGUACCAAUCCUGCGUCCGCUCAGAUGGCCGGCAUGCAAGUGAAGCCUAUUUUCGUCCAGAAAGACGGUUCCGUCGACACUGUACAUUUAACAGAAAUGAUUGACAAAUACCGAGAAACAUUGUCCUGUCUGAUGAUAACGUACCCAUCUACAAAUGGCGUUUUCGAAGAGACGAUCAGCGAUAUUUGCUCGAUGGUUCAUGAGGCUGGUGGUCAAGUGUACUUGGAUGGAGCUAACAUGAAUGCCCAAGUUGGACUGUGCCGUCCAGGUGAUUAUGGCAGCGACGUUUCGCACCUGAACUUGCAUAAAACCUUCUGCAUACCUCAUGGCGGUGGGGGACCAGGAAUGGGACCUAUUGGAGUUAAACGACAUCUUACACCUUUCCUGCCAUCUCACCCUGUGAUUGAUUGUCUGGGAAAUGGUAACAAUGGUAUAAAGCAGUCUGGUGCGGUAUCAGCUGCUCCUUUUGGAUCCUCAGCUAUCCUGCCAAUUUCCUGGGCGUACAUCAAGAUGAUGGGUCCUAAAGGACUGAGAAAAGCCACGCAAGUCGCUAUUCUAAAUGCCAACUACAUGAGUAAACGUUUGGAGAAGUAUUAUAAGACUCUGUACAAAGGGAAAACAGGAUUAGUAGCGCACGAGUUCAUUUUGGACAUAAGGGAAUUCAAGAAGACUGCGAAUAUUGAAGCUGCGGAUAUUGCUAAGAGGUUGAUGGACUAUGGCUUUCAUGCACCGACGAUGAGCUGGCCUGUGGCAGGGACGUUAAUGAUAGAGCCAACUGAGUCUGAAGACAAGAAAGAACUGGACAGAUUUUGCGAUGCUCUCAUCUUCAUAAGAAAAGAAAUUAGUGACAUAGAAAAUGGAAAAUUAGAUAAUCUCAACAAUCCACUGAAAAUGGCACCGCAUACACAGGAACAAGUGAUAUCAACUACUUGGGACCGAGGGUACUCGCGAGAGUUAGCGGCAUUCCCAGCUCCAUUUGUGAAAGGAGGUAAUAAAAUUUGGCCGAGUGUUGGAAGGAUAGACGACAUAUACGGCGACAUGAAUCUAUUUUGCACGUGUCCUCCUGUUUCCUUAGAUCAAUAAUCAUGUGUAAUUAUUCACCCUGUACAGUUAGUUAUAGAACUAUUUAAAUAUUUAUUGUAACUUUUUGUACAAACAUAUUAUUUAUAUAAAAUGUUAUACCUUUACAAGCAGACAAAAUAUAA